AUAUAAGAUGUCAAAUUAUGUACCGCUGGACUGAACAAGUCAUUGCACACUUACAAAUACUUUUAAAAAAAAUAGUUUGUGAGCAAGCGUCUUCUAAAUGUUCUCUCAGUCAGUCACAGUGAGAAUAGCCUGGCGAUUAGGUAGGUUGCCAUCUCUCAAAAAAAUAUCAAACUUCAAAAUGAAAGAGUGAGAUGUUUGUUAACACUCUGCAGUAGAAAAAUAAAUUUGAGACUUACCUCGUCUUUUCGCAUUUUCUUUUUUCUUCAACUUGGGGUUACCUAGUUUUAGCCUAUUUAUUAUCAAGAGCAACUCAUUUUGGUUGACUCUAAACUAGAUCCAGUAAUACACAGGAACCCUAAUCCAUAAUUCUUUUUUUAAAAGUAUUAGAAGCACAAGAAGCAGUAAAGUGCUUUUGAAACACAAGAAUGUCUGUGUUACAAUAAUGAUAUGAUUAUUUUAUUAACUUUUGUUUGUAUUUUAAGAAGAUACAGCUUCUCAAGAAAAGUCGCGAAUCCGGCCACGAUUUUCUUUAACAUCUUUAAAAUACCAGAUAUAAGGACAGUAAUUUAAUAAACAAAUAAAGAUGACAAUAGACUGUGAAAAAUGAAUCGGACGAAGAAAUAAGAAACAGAGACGAAAAUGUUUUGUUCUGUGCACUUGUUUAACCCGCACAGAAAGGAUCCUUGUUUUUAUAGUUUGAGAACAUUUACAAACAAUAAUAGUGUCUUAGUAAUGGCCCAAGUUCUGUAAUCUGCUUCUCUGCAUUGAGCAACGACAUUAACUGUUUUUAGGCCUAUAGUUUAUAGAUCUAGACCUACGUCUGUCCUUGAAAAUAUUGUGUUCAUUCAAAAAUCGUGCACACCCUUUAGCGGUCGGUUUAUUUGAAAUUUUCUUUUGGAUCCCAUUUGGUGCAGGUAUUUUGUUGGGCCACCUUCACGACCAUAAAUAAUCAGCAAAGAGAUGGAUAAGAAAGUUCUUCUCGUCAUUGUCGCUGUCAUAGCUAUCCUUGUCCUGGCAAUCUCUUUGGUGGCUUCUUCACUGGAAAAGCUUUCCUCUAAGGAAGUGGGUUUGCAGUAUGACACUAUACAGAAAGACCUGGAGGACAAAGUAUACACAGAGGGACUGCACUUGGGCCCGGUCGGCUUCGAGUUUAUCGUCUUCCCCAACAUAUACACGACAAUGAAGUUCACUGGUCUGGAGUGCCUCAACUCGGAUGGCGUGAGAAUUGAGCUGGACGUGACUUAUCAGUACCGUGUUCAGAUGCAGCACUUGAAGGAAGUCGUAUUAACCUUUAAAGACUUUGAUGACUACGAAACUGUUCUGAGAUCUGUAGGGACUGCUUCCCUGCAUGAAUCCUGUAGCUACUUCAACACAACGCAGUUCCAGGCGAAUCGUGGCGAAUUUCAGGACAAGUUGGCGGAGAUUUUGACUGAACGCUACAGCGUCUUGAAAAGUGAUGUGGAAGACUUACAGGUCAACAAUAUCAAGCGUCCCAGUGAGUACGAGUCUGCCAUCAGGAGCAAGGAGAGGGCGAAGGAGAACAUUGCUGUUGCCAAGGAAGAGCGGCCGCGCCUGGUGACCGAGGCCAACACCACGCUGCGUGAGGCCGUCUCUGAAGCUGUCAUCAUCACGGACAAGGCCGAGUCGGAUGCUCGUAUCCGGAAAAACUUGGCGAGAGCGGAGGCUGAGGCUAUCAUCGAGCUUUACAACAAAGAGGCCGAGGCGUACGAAGCCAUCAUGGGCAGCGGGGGCCUCCAGUUCUCCCCCGAGGGAUUCAUCUCCUACAUGGGGGUCAGGGUCAUCGCCGACGCCAAGAACCCCGUCUACAUCGGUAUGAAGAGCCCGGCCAAGGCUUCUUACAUCAAAGAUUAGGAAUCGUUGUAAUCAGAUGUAUGUAUUUCUUUACUGUGGUUGGGACUUGCCAUGGCUUAAACUGCCCCUGGACAUGGAUUACUGAUGCCUCUAUAAAUGAA